AUGUCUCCCGCAACCCUGAUCCCGCCCAAGGGCGUCUUCGUCCCCUCGCCCACCUUCUUCCACCCAGCGGCCUCCUCUCCCACAUCCUCCCAACCACAAGUCGACGUCGAGACACAGAUCAAGCACAGCAUCUUCCUCGCCAACUCCGGCAUCACGGGCAUCGUCCUGCUCGGCUCAACAGGCGAGGCCGUGCACCUGACGCGCACUGAGCGCACCGACCUGGUCUCCGCGGUCCGCAAGGGCCUCGACGGCGCCGGCUUCCCAGACUAUCCGCUCAUGGGGGGUGUCCUGACGAACGGCGAGGUGGAGGAGACGCUCGGGUGGCUGGACGACUACGCCAAGGCGGGCGCGCAGUGGGGGCUGGUCCUCGCGCCGGGGUACUUCGGGCCGGCGGUCAGCCAGGACGGGCUGGCGGAGUGGUACCGCAUCGUGGCGGACCGCAGCCCGAUCCCGAUCCUGGUGUAUAACUACCCCGGUGUCACCAACGGCGUGCAGGUGCUGCCCGAGACGUACAGAACGUUGGCACGGCAUGAGAAGAUUGUGGGGUGCAAGAUGUCCCAUGGCAAUGUCUCCCACCACGUGCAGGUCUCGCUUGACCCCGACAUCGACCACGACAAGUUCCGCGUCUACAGCGGCUUUGGCACGCAGCUAGGGCCGAUCGUGCAGUUUGGUGCCGCGGGCGUCAUUGACGGCAUGGCGGCGUUUUAUCCCAAGACGGUGGUGCGCUUAGCGUCGCUGAUGUUUACAGGGGAUCGGACGGCCGCCCAGGAGGCCGAGAUCCAGCGGUUGCAGUUCGUUGUGAGUCAGGGCGGCGAGUUUGUCAUGAGGUACGGCAUCAUCGGCAUCAUCGAAGCCACAUACCGCGUGGCCGGAUUCGGCCAUCCCGAAGGAGGGCGGCUGCCCAUCCGCGGGAAGCUGCCCGACGGGGCCUGGGACAAGGCGAAGGCUAUGUUCCUGCAGAAUAUUGAACAGACGGAGGCGGCACUCUAG